AUGGUUAAUAUUCUUCUUUCUCCCUUGGAUUUCGAUCUUAAUGAAUUCUCGAAAACAUAUUUAAAAGUAUUUUUGGAAAGUAACAGUAGUGCGCUUUCUGAAUACAAUGAAGAAGAAGAAGAAGAAGAAAUAAUAAAGUUUGUAAUAUUAGAAGAUAAUAAGCAAUUGGAGGCAUCAAAAGAAAUAGUGGAAGUGGAUGAAAAUGGCAUUUUCACAAAUAAUAUUGAAGAAGAAAACGAAGAAGAAGAGGCAGAAGGAGGAAAAGUAGUGGAAGAAAGUGAUGAUGAGCCAUUGAACAAGUUGAGUAUAGAGGAAUUAAACAAGAUAUUUGAAGAAUUUAUUAAGAGGAUGGAGCAAGAAAUUAGGGUGGAUGUUCAUGAGCAACAAUUGGUCCGAGUGAAGUAA